GACAAGAAGUUGUGUGUGACUCAGACAGACAGUCUGGAGUAAGUCUAAAUCACAAUGGAUGCAGUAAGGUGCUGUUUAACGGCAAUAAUCCUGCUUUUCGGGACAGGGUUAUCGGAAACUGAAGCUUUGCUCUGUUUUUGUCAUCAUUGUACAAAAGACAACUUCACCUGUGAAACAGAUGGACUGUGCUUUGUAUCCGUCACCCAGACACCCACUAAGGUUACACAGAGAAGCAUGUGUAUGGCAGGGAAUGAACUCUUUCCCCCGGAUAGACCCUUUAUUUGUAUACCCUCUUCAAAAGGUUUAGCUAAUACCUGGCCUCACUGCUGUAACACUGACUUCUGCAAUAAAGACCCACCUCUUGUGCCACCUUCAGAAAUUGCAGACGAGUCCAGUGCUCCAAGCCUGGGACCUGUGGCCUUAGCAGCAGCAAUAGCAGGGCCGGUGUGCCUUGUUUGUAUUCUUCUGAUGUUGACUAUUUAUAUUUGUGUCAGUCGCUCUGUCAUUCAUCACCGUGUCCCAAAUGAAGAAGAUCCUUCAUUAGAUCGACCAUUUAUAACGCAGGGUACCACCUUAAAAAAUUUGAUUUAUGACUUGACAACUUCUGGUUCUGGAUCAGGUCUACCUUUACUGGUACAAAGAACAAUUGCCAGAACCAUCGUUUUGCAAGAGAGCAUUGGAAAGGGCCGCUUUGGAGAAGUCUGGCGGGGCAAGUGGAGAGGAGAAGAAGUUGCUGUCAAAAUUUUCUCUUCUCGUGAAGAGCGCUCAUGGUUCCGUGAAGCAGAAAUUUACCAAACUGUCAUGUUGCGUCAUGAAAAUAUCCUUGGGUUCAUCGCAGCAGACAACAAAGAUAAUGGAACUUGGACUCAGUUGUGGCUCGUGUCAGAUUACCAUGAGCAUGGAUCACUUUUUGAUUAUUUAAAUAGAUAUACAGUUACUGUAGAGGGCAUGAUUAAACUGUCCCUGUCCACUGCUAGUGGACUCGCCCAUCUUCACAUGGAGAUUGUAGGAACUCAAGGCAAACCGGCAAUUGCUCACAGAGAUCUAAAGUCGAAAAACAUUUUAGUAAAAAAGAAUGGGACAUGCUGCAUAGCGGAUUUAGGUCUGGCAGUAAGACAUGAUUCAGCUACAGACACUAUUGACAUUGCUCCAAAUCACAGAGUGGGAACAAAAAGAUAUAUGGCCCCAGAAGUCCUUGACGAUUCCAUAAAUAUGAAACAUUUUGAGUCCUUUAAGAGGGCUGACAUCUAUGCUAUGGGACUGGUGUUCUGGGAAAUAGCACGGAGGUGCUCGAUUGGUGGAAUUCAUGAAGACUAUCAGCUUCCAUAUUAUGACCUGGUUCCUUCAGAUCCUUCUGUUGAGGAAAUGAGGAAAGUGGUUUGUGAGCAGAAGCUCAGGCCAAACAUUCCAAACCGGUGGCAGAGUUGUGAGGCCCUGCGUGUAAUGGCAAAAAUUAUGCGUGAAUGUUGGUAUGCCAAUGGAGCAGCUAGGCUGACAGCUCUGCGCAUCAAGAAGACAUUGUCUCAGCUCAGUCAGCAGGAAGGCAUUAAAAUGUAAACCCAGGCCUGCGACUUUUAAAAGCAUUAUAUCUUUUUCUUUUUUCUUUUUUUUUUAAGAAGAAAAACGUUACUUUUGAAGGUAUUCUUUUUUGUUUUUUGUAUACAACUCCAGGGUUGCAGUAUUUGGGUAUUUGGAAGUGAUAUUUUGUUCUACCUCACCGAGGGAACAGAAAGAUGGAUCUCGCUGCCUUUAACAUUAAUAGGAACACUGCAAAAAAACCAGAGCUCUCACUGCAGGCACAUUCGAUGGAGCUGUGGGAUACUUUCUGUGCACUACAAACACCUCAUUUAGAGACUAUGAUGUAGAUUAGCUUUAUUUUUUAUUAAAAUUAAAUUGAUAAAAAAAAAAAAAUGUGCAAGAGAAAUUUUAUAAUUGCUGGUCUUAACGUAUAGGUAACAGUGCUUUACGUUAUUAUACUUGCACUGGGGGCUGGGCUGGUCAAAUCAUACAGUGUUAAACAGGAAAGGAUUUAUUCAUACUAUUAGAAUCAGGUACCUUUUUAUAUUGGCAUUUGAAUUUGUUUGGCUUUGAGAGAUGGCAGUUUUGGGGGCCUGCAUGCAUUGUACCAUUUAAAAAAUAAAUAAAUACAAAAAAAUUGAAUCAACCAUAGAUCUACAUAACGUUUGACAUGAUCUCAACCAGUCUUGGUAAACAUGCUUUGACAAAAUAUAUCCAAAAUUAUUGCUUUGUUACUAAAAAAAUAAAUAAAAUUAAAACAUGCCUUCUAAGCCAGGUGUUACCAGAAAGUGCCACUGCUUUUAGUAAUACGAUCCACACGUAUCAGUGUGAAGUUCCAGUAUACGAUUGAAUUAGAUAUAUAGAAAACUAUAUUUCAAGACAUCCACAUGACAUAUUCAGUAUAGGACCAUGUGAAGUGUAGAGUAGGAAUAAAGUCGCCUCCCCCUUCAACUUCAUUUAGUCUUUUUUUUUAAUCUGUCUUUUCUAUAACUGCUUUGGUUCAUUUUAUAGUAAAGAUUUUUAGCUUUUUUUUAUAUCAUGCCUACUUUUUUUUUUUGGUGUGAUAUUUAUGGCAUUUAUAUCAGAUUGAGAUUCUUGAGCUGUAUCCCUUUAUAAGCAAAAUAUCAGAAAGAAGAAUAUCACUUUAUAAGAAAGUAUGUAAGAUAAGGUCUAGCUAAUAUAGUAAGUCCACUAAGAGUGUGGCCAUUUUAUUACUUUUUUUGUAUACAUUCACUACUGUCUGUUUUUGUUUCAGUUUUUUGUGUCUGCACAAAAACUUUCUGUAAUAAGAGUUCAUUCUUUAAAGAAAAGGUACUUUAUUUAAAUAAAAGCAAGUGAGUGACCUUUACUAACCAUAGAUUUACAAAAAUGUAUAAUUCUGGAAACUUUUACUGCAAGAAGAUAUUUAAUGUACAGCUGUUAAUUAGCAACUAAAGUCAUUUCAUCAAGCCUUGAGAGAUCAAGGCUUGAGGUUACAGUUUUAAAACUCCUACUUGAGGUACUCAAAUUCUGUAGCACCAGGUUUAACACUAAUUUAAUAUCUCUUUACCAUAUUGUUCAAGGUGAAAUUCAUUGUUUUAGAUUCUCUUUGUAUUACAAAUAAUCGUGUGCUGCUAACCUAGUAUUGUCUUUGGUUCUGUUUGUUUACAAGCAAAAUUGGAAAAAAAAUCUGGAAGCUUUAGUGAUAUAUAUAUAUUCAAAAUACUUGUCAGCGUGAGUGCCAUGAUUUGUAAGAUGACUUCAGCAUCCUUGAAAUAUGCUGUGCCAUUCAAAUAAUACAGGUAUGUGAGAUUGGUUAAUGUUAAACACCAAUUGAAAUAGACUAAAACCUAGGUAUUGAAAUAAGGGCAUUUAAUGUUGUUGGUAUGAGAAUUGUUAAUAAGUAAUUGUUCUUCUACAGUAGAACAGAAAAUAGGGAGGGGCAGUAAGCAAAAUGAGAGAACCACUCCAUUACAGAAAAUGCAAAAAACUAAACUGAAAACAAUUCUGUUUUGGGAAAAUAUCCAAACCUUUCGUGCAACUUUCCUGAACACAGUCACGGUUCCCCUUAACUACAGCAACAUAAGACAAAGUCCCACUUUCUCUGUUUAGAAACCACUGUUACUGUAUAUGAUGCAUAUCUUAAUGAUUUUCCUGAGCCAGUAACCCCCCCAGAUCUCUGUUCUAUCUUUACAUAUUACCAUAUUGUAUCACCAGCAGUAGUGCAUUUUAAAUAAAUAGUAAACAAAAUACAGUUGGUGUUGCAUGUCUAGGGUCAGGUUGGUCUCACCAGCAAAUAACUAACCAUGUUGUUAGUUUACCUUCUGUUGCGUUUUCUGUUGUUAGUUUACCUUCUGUUGCAGUUGGAUGGACUUCAUGUCUACUCCUUUAAUAUACAUAAAAUCUGUCUUUUAAUAACACCAUGUAACAA